AUAGCCAAAGAGCAUAUUGGGAAUUGCCGAUACUUCGCUGGACCGUUCACGGCGCUAACGGAUGCUCCCCCCCCUAUUUACUCCUAUACCAUUUUUCGACCAUACAUAUGACAAUUGUGCUCGCGUAACCAGAUCACCACGCGACCUUGCGGACUUUUCACCACAUAUUACUAACCAUAGUCAUGGCAUUCCAGGAUGUGGAUUCAGCCCACAGGAGCCUUCGCAAUGAGCUCGCCCAGGCUGGAAUCCCAAACCUUGAGGGUCAUUUCACUUUCGAUCACACCGAACGAGUGGGCUGGGGCAGCUUUGGCGAUAUAUUCGUUGGGAAUUACCUUGGAAGUAGUGUAUGCGUCAAAAUAUUGAAGGAAAUUUCUGUGUCUGAUGAUAACAGAUGGGGGAAAUUCGUCAGGCGGCUGAACCGCGAGAUUCGGGUGUGGCGUGGCCUUGAUCACCCGAAUGUAGUCACAUUAUACGGAUGGGCCUCAGAAUUAGCGAGGGGAAGUAUCCGCGUGAGCUUGAUCUCGACAUGGUGUGACGGGGGGAACGUCAGAGAGUAUCUUCGUCAACAUCCCACCGCAAACCGCCAAGCCUUGAUUAGAGACGUGUGUCGAGGUCUUGAGUACCUCCAUUCCAACGGGAUCAUACACGGGGACAUAAAGCCUGACAACAUCGUUAUGAUGGAAGCAACCGGAGUAGCAAAAUUAUGCGACUUUGGUUUAUCAUCGCUCCUCAACGACCUUUCCAUAUACGGGCCUUCUUCGAGCGCGGCUGGGACUCUGAGAUAUGUAUCCCCUGAAUUGUUUUCCGGGGGGAAACGAAAUGAAGCAAGUGAUAUUUGGGCUUUUGGAUGUACUGCUGGAGAGAUAUUGUGCAAUCGACGCCCUUACCACUCCAUUGCUUCUGAUUGGCAGCUUCUGUCUGCUGUAACAUCUGCUCUCCCAUUCAAUUGGCCCGGCGCAAACGAUUUCGAGAGAUGCAUUGCUUCUUGCUAUGAACUUCGCUUGGACCGGAGACCGAGCAGCUCUGAGCUUUGCACCAACCUAGAAGCGGCUUUGAUGCAUUUGAACUUCGUGUCAUCUGCACCUUCCCUUGAACAUGCAAUCAAUUUCCUGCAACUGCUUUCCAACGUGCUUCAACUUGAAUCCCUCCCAAAACUCUGGAGAUAUACGCCCAGACAAAACACCCCUGGACUUGCUACUGAAUUCAAUAGAAUCAUAUCACCCAGCACUCAAUCUGCAUGCCGUGAAUGGUGUGAUGUCUUAUGUCGACUUCCCUGCAUGGAGCCGGGAAUCCUGGCCGCACUCGCUCGGGUGACGCCUGCGCUGCUUCACUGGGUCGCUGCCAUGGGAAUCAUGGGAGAGCUCAAUCGAGUUCUCGAGGGGCUAUACGAAUUGCGCGUGUGGACGGGGGACCACUCGUUCAAGAUGCUUGCCUAUGACCUCUAUCAGUUGACAAUCCAGUCUCGUGAGGCGAUUAGUGAAUGUCCCCUCUCCCUCCUGGGUGGUGGUCACCCCUUUGUUCCUGCCAAGAGUGUUCUGAGGUCGGCAUUCCCUAGAAUGUUUAGGACGUUUCCCAAAGCGAGAAUUGGAUCGACUUCGCGACUGACGGACCGCAUCUGGUCGGUACUAUAUACGAUACCGACCGAGGAUGAGUUUCCGUCCCUUGCAUUCUCUGCUAAUGGUCGCUACAUGGUCAAUGUUGAGAGAAACAGGCUUUCCAUCACUAAUUUGACGACCCAAGAAACCUCUGCCACAUUGGAGCAUGACAUCGAGCGCAGUGAAGCUAUCAUUUCUCCCGAUGGCCGUCUUGUUGCCUUCAGCUCGCAGGACGGCAUUUUCCGUGUAUGGCGUUGGGACAGAGGCAACACAUGUACGGAGCUCGAAGAGGACAGAUCCUACUGGCUCGGUGUCUUUUCCCCUAAUGGGGAGUAUCUUGCAAAGUACAAUGGGUAUGGGGUUCGCAUCUGGGAAACGUCACAUUGGGAAACUCCUGCAGUGAUUAAUGGAAAAAUCUUUGGAACGCGGGACGAUUCUUCCCCAUUCACGCCAGAUAGUCGUUACCUCGCUACCCUCGCUGAUUACUCGGAUCUCAGCAAACGCGUUCACGUUUUCGAUAUCACCACUCAACCAAUAACCCCCCUUUUCGAAACGGACUGUGCUGCUGGAACAAGCGUCAGUUUCUCACCUAAUGGUCAAUAUCUCGUUUUAGAAGAUAGUGAUUCUAUCCAUCUAUGGAUGGUUUCAACAUGGCGCAGAACCUAUACGUUUGAGGCGAGACCCUUCACAACCUCACCUGAUGUGACCCGCUUCACAACCUCGCCUGAUGGCCGUUACGCAGCUUCUCAUUCAGAUCCGAACUCUAUCACCGUGUGGGACAUUGUGACGCAGACAUCUAUUGAUUUCCAUUCUACAGGCAGUGGACUACCAGAGUUUAUAAAAUUCUCACCCAAUGGCCGUUAUCUUGCCUCAUUGGUUCGUGGUUGUAUUCGCGUCUGGGACGUUCGAAAGGGAGAUCACACGGUACUCGAACUGCUCACAUGGCCAUUAGUUGGGGAUGCACUGGAGAUUCGCUUUUCACCUGAUGAUCAUUACCUGGUCAUUUUUGGGAUCAGCUUGUCAUUAAUAGUAGAAGUGCCAAUGUGGAUCGAUCCAGCUAUCAUGAAAGGGCAUAACCGAGCGAUACAAUGCAUGCGACUCUCACCUGGUGGAAGGCAGCUAGUUUCAGCCUGUCCUUAUGACGUUCAGGUUUGGGACACCCUGUCCUGGACGAGUGUUUACCGGCCCGAAUGGGAUGCAGAAUCCUGCUCCAUUACUUUCUCGAAGGACGGCAGACUUAUCCGCAUUGAAGAUGCCACAACCGGAUAUUUUGAGAUACACAAUGUGUUUUCUGGAGAGAAGCUGGAAUACCCUCCACCAUGGGCCUCAACUGACGUCACUGUCUCUCCGCCACCACGGACGUCGGUUGUCUUAAGCCGAGAUGGACGGAGUCUAUGUUUCCUCCAAGGAGAUAAAACCAUUCAUCUGUGUUGGUUGCCUGAUUGGUUCAAAAAUAGCACGGAUGUUGAACAGUGUGAGGGAUUGGCGUGCGUGGGGGGCCAAGAAGGUGAAGUGCUGUUCUUACACAUGUCGAGGUUUGAAAUCCCAGACAUUUGACUCCUGACAUACGAGCCACCCUACGUGCUUGCAAUCCACAGGCUGACCACGUUCCAUGAAGGCAUCUCUCUCUAUGUCUGCGUAUCCACUCCAUCCUGCUGGAGAUUCACGUGCUUCACUCCUGAACUCACCCUCACGUUCCCGCCUCCAAUUUGUCAUUACUGCAGAGACAGACACUAUACUUCGAUACUACCAGUUCUUGAAACGCGGCAUCUUCUGGCAUAUAUAACC